UAUACCUGGACCAACGCUAUUGUAAAACCAGAGACUUAGGACAUGCAGUUCCGACGGACGUUCUCAAGCCUAGUAAGCCUGGGUGUCGGUAUCACCACGCUUUUGGUCGCACACGUACACGAUGUACACGCUGCGGUGCUCGUUGAUUUCCAAGUUGCGCAACCGCCGCCUGUACCGCAAGAUGCGAAGCAGUGUACGCAGGUGUUAAUUGAACAUACAUUCGGGAAUUCCUUUGGAAGUCCGGCGAUUGCGAACUUCACGCCUCCGACGGACUGCGGAGAUGUAGGUUCGUGGGCGGGUAUCAGUUUGAAUCUGACGGUCACUUCGAAUGGUACUCAAUUUGAUAGACUUGGGAUCAUUACGUUCCAAAACGCUGAGAUCUGGCGGACUUCGACACCUGAACCUACUCGAGGAGACGGGAUCAUCUGGACGUACCUCAAAGACGUUACGAGAUACAUUCCGCUUUUCUCAUCUCCGGGAGAGUUCAUAUUCGAGCUUGAUAACUUACUCGAAACAGGGUUGGAUGGACAGUAUGCUUCAACUGUCUCGGUGACGUUCUUUGCGUCUUCUGCUGAACACCAGCCUGCGAAGAAGGCCGACCUUAUUCUGCCUAUCUCUGCACAGUCUGGAUCUAGUCCUGAUGACAACGCGCCUUCCGUCCCACCUGCCACUUCUCUAAACGUAACUUUCCCAAAGAACACGAUAGAAGUGUACGCAGAGCUCUUCGCAUCGGGUAAUGGAAACGAGGAGUUCUGGUACUUCAAUACUGCAAAUGAGUUCUUAGACGACCUUCCUGAUGGAACGACGUUUGGUGAUGGGCCAUUUAGAGAGGUGAGGUUGUUAAUUGACGGGAUGCUUGCUGGAGUUGCGUUUCCGUAUGCGGUUAUUUUUACGGGCGGAAUUGUACCGACUGCUUGGAGACCGAUCACAUCAUACGGUGCACUAGACCUCCCAACCUACUUCCUCGACCUCACUCCCUUCGCCCCUCUCCUCGCCGACGGCCAACCACACAGCAUCUCCCUCGACGUCGCCUCCGCCGAGUCCGACCACGCCAUCAACGCAAACUGGUUCGUCUCAGGCCUCGUACAAGUCGUCACCGACCCCAACAGCUCCGGACAAACUACAGGCAACAUUACGGUGUACGACGUCCAGCCGUUCGCUACGACGCAGACGAAUGGAAACGUAGGUCAAAAUGGUGAUGUCAACGUCACGGUUUCGGCCAGCCAUCCGGUACAUAUUGAGGCUACUAUUGUGAGUGGGAGUGGGGAUGUGAAUAAGGUGGUUGUGAGGCAGGAUAUGGCGUAUAGUAAUACGCAGAAUUAUUUGCAGAAUACGAGUAUCCAGAACGUGUUCCAACUUUCGAACGGCUCUGUGUCGUCGACGCAUAACGGUGUUCCAGCCGUAACCGACAAGUUCUCCUUCCCGUUCAACAUCAACUUCACUAUCCUUAAUCCGGACGGGUCACAAAUCGAAGCAAUCUUCGACCACAGCUACGACCGUACCUCCCAACCCGCACCUUUCCUCCUCGGGUCAACAAUCACAGAGCACCAACUCGCCUCAGGGUUCUUCACCAUCGCUUCCUCCGGGAACACAGGGAACGGUACCUCGAAUAACACGCUAACCUACGCAGACACAGAGGGAAAUACGUUUGAUCGGGAAGUGGAUGCUGUGAAUAAUGUUAUUGUGAGUGAUCAUCAGGGUGGGUCGCUUGCGCCGAGUCCGGCGGGUGUUGCUUUGGGUGCACAGGAAGAUGCAGAUAGGGAUGGGGGAGUGGAGUUUGUUGGUGCGAGUGUUAGGUUCCCUGGACGGGUGCAUGGAGCUUAG